CCCGCCCGCUGGCGCCAGGGAUUGGCCCGGCGGCUGCGCAGGCGAGGGCGGCGGUUGGCGGUUGGGCGCGUCAAUCGCGGGCCGCUUGAGGAGGCUGGAUGGAGAGUGGGGCCGAGCGGGGACACUGGCGCCGGCUGAGGCGGCUGAGGCGAGGAAGGAGGAGGAGGAGGAAAAGACGGGGACCGGCGUCGAGCUGAGGGGAGCUUCGGCCAGGUCGGUGCGAAGCGAGAGAGGCUGUCGUCGCCGCCGCCGCCUAGCGCGCUGUUUUCAAGAUGAAUCUGGAAAAACUCAGUAAACCUGAACUACUGACUCUAUUUAGUAUUCUUGAAGGGGAACUAGAAGCCAGAGAUCUUGUCAUAGAAGCCUUAAAGGCCCAGCGCAGAGAUGCUUUUAUUGAACAGCGCUAUGGAAAAUACAACAUUAGUGAUCCGUUGAUGGCUCUUCAGAGGGAUUUUGAAGCGCUGAAGGAAGAGAAUCAUGGUGAUAAGCAACCUGUUUGUGCCAAUCCCUUGUCCGUCCUGAAGGUCGUGAUGAAACACUGCAAGAAUAUGCAAGAAAAAAUGUUGUCCCAACUAGCCGCUGCAGAGAGCAGGCACAGAAAGGUAAUCUUGGAUCUUGAAGAAGAGAGGCAGAGGCACGCCCAAGAUACUGCGGAAGGCGAUGACGUCACAUACAUGCUGGAGAAGGAGCGAGAGCGGCUCACACAACAGCUGGAAUUUGAAAAGUCCCAGGUGAAGAAGAUUGAGAGAGAGCAAAAGAAGCUCUCCAGCCAGUUGGAGGAGGAACGCGCCCACCACAAGCAGCUUUCAUCCAUGCUUGUGUCGGAGUGCAAGAAAGCCACCGCCAAAGCCACAGAGGAGACGCAGAAGCUUGGGGAGCUCCACCUCAGGCUGGAGGAGGAGCGAAGCAAAGUGAGCCAGCUGGAGGAGGAGCUGGCAGCCAAGAGGAACAGGGGCCUGCAGGUGGAAGCCCAAGUGGAGAAGCAGCUGUCCGAGUUUGACAUGGAACGAGAGCAGCUGAGAGCCAAGCUGAACCGGGAAGAGAACCGCACCAAGGCCCUGAAGGAAGAAGUGGAGACUCUGAAGGGAAUUCUGAAAGCAUUAGAGGCUUCGUACAAAGCUGAGCACCUGCCACCAAGUGCCUCCAUAGCAACUGUCACAGAGGGCUCCAGUAGGGCCGUUGCUUGCCAGACGGAAAGCUCCUUGGCCGAGAGCGUCAGCCACGGAAGCCCUGGCAGACUGGCCCAUGCGUUGUCACCACUCUCUACCAUAGCUGCCCACCCUUAUGCCAAGGCAAACGGGCACUUUGAUGCUGAAAUGCAAACGAGUGUGGAGCCAGUUCUGCCCAUUGUAGAUAAUCUGCAGAAGGGCAAGCCUCUUGGGUCACCUCUGGAAGGGGCCACAGGAAACAGCAGCUCCCCAGUAAGAGCAGAGCCUCUUUCCCCUUCAUUCCCAACACUCCCUUCCAGUGGGGUGUCCUUAUCUCCAAGCAACACAGCUUCUUCCUCUCUAACAUCCUCCCCGUGCUCCUCCCCAGUGAUGACUAAGCGCUUGGUUGGAACCUCGGCCAGCAGCCCCGGCUACCAGUCAUCCUAUCAAGUGGGGAUCAACCAGCGCUUCCACGCUGCUCGCCACAAAUUCCAGUCCCAAGCUGAUCAAGAUCACCAGUCGAGUGGCCUCCAGAGCCCUCCAUCCAGGGACCUGUCCCCCACCCUCGUUGAUAACGCUGCCGCCAAACAGCUCGCCCGCAACACGGUCACGCAGGUUCUCUCCAGGUUCACCAGUCAGCAGGGUCCUAUCAAGCCAGUCUCUCCUAACAGCUCCCCCUUCGGCACAGACUACCGGAACUUGGCCAGUGUCGUGAGCCCCAAAAGUGAGUCUAGCCCAGGCAAGGCCUCUAGCCCGCUGAGUCCACUGUCACCUGGAAUUAAAUCGCCAACCAUCCCCAGAGCAGAAAGAGGGAAUCCGCCCCCGAUCCCUCCAAAGAAGCCUGGGCUGGCUCCUUCACCAGCCGCUCCUGCCCCACCUACAAAGGCCUCCUCUUCGCUCGGUUCUCCUGUGGACUUAGCAAGUAGCUGCUCCAGCAGUGCUCUGGUAGCCAACGGGAAAGAAACUGAGAUCUUCCUGCCGACCAGCAGCUAAUCUCCCGCCAGGGUGGCAUUCCAUCUGUUUGGCAUUCCUAGAGCUGAAACGCCGUCUUAGCCACUCCAUGUUAUUUAUUAUUUGGGCAGGAACAAAAUCUGUUUGUAUAACACAUUUAGCAUACUUUUUCCUUUUUUGUUUUAUAGUAUGUAGAAAAUAGUAUGUAGAAAAUGUGUACAGACCUUUAAACACUAGAGCCUCGAGGUGUCUCAUAGCAGGAGGGCACGUCAAACAGAGAGAGAAGCAGCUGGUUUCCGUGCUGGGAGCUGACCAGCAGACAAUGAAACAGUAAUUUUUACAUUACACAGAAGAAGGAAAAAACACUCCGUGCAAACUUCCAUUCCAGACAGACAUUUUCUAAAAAGUGCCUGAGCUUAAGCCUGCAAAUAUGAAUGUGAUUCUCUGCAAAACCAGGAGGAAUCGUCCAACUGCAAAAAGCACAGUUUCUCUCUGAAUCAUGAAUGUCAAAAUCAGCACUGUUCUUAACCCUUUCCAGUUUAACAGAAUGCAAGAGAAAGGAAAUGUUCCAAAGCUGACCGUUAGAUUGGUCAGUUGUUUCCCUGCUAUGAACCAAGUCAGUUAACGCAGCUGCGUUGUCAGGUGCACGUUGGCCACGUGGCUGAGCUUUAUGCAGCCCUACCCUUUUCCUAUGACAUAACCUUUAAAAAAAAACCAGUUUGGGAGCUUUAAACAAUCAGGGUGCCAGAUUUUUUUACUGUCAAAUAUCCAUUCCUUGCAUUUUACUUUAUGUACAGGGAUAAAAUAGGUGAGAUUAAAUCUUGAAGCAUUGAGCUAGUUUUUAAUAUUCUUCACAUAUUCUACUGUUGUCUGUGUAGAACUUCUGAGAGCAGGAUCUUGUUACUCGAUGAAGAUCUUGACAUUACUUGAAAUGAGAAACGGCUAGUCACUUCUAUACAGGUUUUUGCAUUGGAAAGAGAGAUUCAUACUAGACGAUCCAAAGCAAUAUUGUUCAUUAUGUAGUAAUAACAUAUGUCAAGCUGACGUAGGAUUUGCUGGCUUGGUUGGGCUGAGAGAAGACAGCUGGCACUCCUGGCAGCACCGUGGAAACCAAAUCAUUAGAUUUUUUUCACAUAAAGAUGCAUCUAUAUGUAGAGAAAGAGAGAAGGGGUCUGCUCCAAAGGGUCUGCCAACUCCCCAAAUUUUCAAGGGUUCCUGGAGGGCUGCGGGAGACAGGAGAGGAAGGUGGGAAGUCCUGUUCAAGUGGAGGCUGCCCCACUUAUGCAGUUGACAGCAUUGGGUGCAACCCAUGAUGAAGCUACUUUUAAGCUUUACUUGCUCUACUUCUGAAAACUUUUCUCCCAGGAAAGAUGGUCAGUAACGUGGGGCAAAUACACGACGGAAGAAGUCUUCUUUCUAAUGAGACUUUCUGGGUUGUGCCUUUUUGGCAGAAGUUUUUAUUCUCUGACCCUUACAAACCCACCAUUGUGUCUGGUUCAUGUCUGCAAUUGUGCCUGGCUGCUUGGCCCUAAGAUAUUACAGGAGCAUGUGAUCAAACUUAAGAAUAAAUGGAUGAAUGUCUGACCUUAAAGCGUUUAAGUAUUUCCCCCAAAAUCACUGUGCAGAAAGAGCAGACAUUUUUAAUGUAAUGUUAAUCCAUUUCCCCCCUAUAGGUGAUCUUCGAAACCAAGGGCAUUUGCUGCUUUGUUAUAUUGAGAGACUAGGCCAAGAGGUGCGCAGCUCAUGGGCCGCAUCCGGCCCUCUCCCUCCUUCCAGGCUCCAUUUGGGACCCACUCCCCACUUGAGCAGUGGGAAUUUUGCAAGUGCAGAUCCCACCAUACUUGUGCCUGCAAAAGGCUUCCCUGCUUGUGCAGGGAGGAAGAGAAAAGCACUUUCAAAAGGUGACUGUGUGUAUUGUGAGGAGAGGGGGGCAAGACUUGUUUCUUAAUCAUCUCACCGAGACACACACCAUCUGUCUCUCAAACAGCGUUGGGUGCUGAAGACCUACAGUUCUGGCCCCACUGGCAUGUGAGGGAAUGUGGCCUUUGCGUGGAGAAAGAAGUUCCCCUACUCCUUCACCAAAGCUCUUGAUUGCUUGUUUUAAAAAAUGUGUUGGUGCUGCUUCAAGACACCAGUCUGUAGUCUAGCCAGUUUGUCUCCCCUCCUUAAUCUUGAUUUGUAUGCUAUUUUGAAGUAUUUUAGCAAAGUGACUGAUGUUCCUGAGACUGGAUUCUCAGGCAUAUGCUGACAUAGGAGGUCUCUCCACUUGACCAUACUGCUCAUAAAUUGGGAUCAGUGUACCAUAAUUUCCAUUACACUAGCAAUACUCGCUGAUUGCUUGUAGACAGAUAGGAAGCAACUCUGAUAAGCACACAAACAGCUCCCUAGGGAAGGCCAAGGGGCUGAAUAGGGGCUGAAAACUGGGUGAGUGGUUUCUUAGGGUAUCUCUUCUAAGCUUAAAUAAAUGGUAUUGUAGCCGCUCGUAAAAUAUUUCCUUGUGUUUACACUAACUUGUAUCUUUUCUUUAUGAUAUGAUAGAGAUUUAUAUACAAUAAUUUUAUUAGGAAAUGCACUGAGUACUGUAUUCUACCAUGGAUUAUGGGAAGAGAGAAUGCCAGAGAAGAUGUGUAUUUUUGCUAGUAGCCUAUCUUCUGAGAUUAAACUAAGCACAACUAUUAAAAUGGUUCCAGCUAAUCCGGUAAGACUUCUAGGAUUAGUAUUUAAGUAUUUCUGUAGACUUGUGUGUAUGGAAACAAAAUGUUUAAUCUUCUCUGAAUCGUGUGUUGCUAGCGAGGUUUGUCACUGGCUAACAGGAUUUUAAUGAAGUUCAUACUGCAUAAUCUAGUAUUAAUUGUCAUUAACAUCUGUAUAUUUGUAAAGUCAAAUGUAUGGAACAGAAGUCUUUUUACCAUUUUUAUAGCUGGCAGCAUUAAACAUGUUAAACAUUCAUACUAUCAAUAAAGAUUUUUAUUUUUAUGAUGUGAA